CUAUCUUCCCGCUUCCGCCCUCUCUCGCUCCCCAGCAGACUCUCGCCAUGGGCGGCUGGGAGGAGGUCUCCGUGCACGGCUACGCCGAGUUCGAGCGCGCUCUGCGGGAGCGCCAGCGGCAGCGCGGCCGGGUCAUCUUCGCCUACUUCAGCGGCACCAAGGACCCGGAGAGCGGCGCCAGCUGGUGCCCGGACUGCGUCGCCGCUGAGCCCAUCGUGCGGGCUGAACUGCCGAACCUGCCAGAGGGAUCUGUGUUCAUUUACUGCCAAGUAGGAGACCGAGCCUAUUGGAAAGAUCCAAACAAUGAAUUCCGGAAGAAUCUUCACCUGACUGGAGUGCCUACACUACUUAAAUGUGGGACUCCUCAGAAGCUGGUGGAGCACGAGUGCUUUAAAUCGGACCUUGUGAAGAUGCUGUUCACAGAAUAAGUUUUUUCUGCUUUAAUAAAGAAGGGUGCUGCUAUCAACCGAUGAACUAGCUGCCUAGAAUUACUUGAGAGGGGACCAUUAUGUUUUAAAGUGCAGGGAGAUGAGUGUGCAGCCUGUAAGCCAACUGAUUUGAAUAAAAUCUUCUAAGAA